AUGCCGGCAGCCAGGGACAUCCAAAGAGCCCUAGCUCGCAUCAGAGCCGUCAUGCCCGCCCAAAAGCAAUCGGAAAUGGGCCGUCGAAAUAUUAAGCUCGGACUGGAACGCAUCAGUCGCGUUGUUCCAGACGAGCAAAAAUGGGUCGGCGUCCAUGUCGGUGGCACCAACGGCAAAGGAUCAAUAUGUGCCCUGCUAGCCGGCAUGUUCAAGCUGUCCGGCAUUAGCCACGGCACGUACAUCUCUCCGGCGCUGCCAGAGCGUCACAACGGCAUUACAAUCAACGGCUUGUACAUAAACAAGCGCAUGUACGAAAUGGAGCUUCAGCAUGUGGAGGAAGCGUACAAACGCGUUGCUUCUGGGUGGACGUUUGCCGCUGGAGACGACCCAGGUGACCUGACGCCAUUUGAGCUCGAAACUGCCGCGGCAUUUCGCGUCUUCAACAAGAUGAACGUGCAGUACGGCAUCGUCGAGGUCGGUAUGGGCGGAGCAACAGACGCCACGAAUGCCAUGAAGGAGAAGGCCGUCACCAUUAUAUCCAAGAUUGAUCUCGACCACCAGGAGUACCUGGGCAACACCAUUGAGGAGAUUGCCAAGGUCAAGGCGGGAAUCAUGCGUCCCGGAGUACCAUGCAUUGUCGACCACACCAACCCUUCUUCCGUAAUGGAUGUCCUCCGAGACCAUGCGCAAUCUGUGGGAACACAACUCAGCUUGUCAUCCAAGGCAUUGCCUUUCCUGGACUGCCUCGACAACGACAGAUUUCAACUACAAGACUACGAGCAGCAGAAUAUACUUUGUGCGGCUCUCGCCUUCCGAAAUCUCUUUCCUCACCUUCAUAUCGACGUCAACAAACUGCUGUCGCUGAAACCGCAUCUGCCUGGACGAAUGGAGCAGGUCUACGUAAGGGGGCUGACGGAUGAUACGCGGCAAAGUCCAGUACUGGUUGACGGAGCUCACAACAUGCUGGGAGUGGAGGCAUUGGCCAAAUACGUAGAUGGCUCUCUCCGACAUACCAGCAAGCCAGUAACAUGGGUCAUUGGGCUGUCAUCCAGCAAAUCGAAGCCCUUCUCAAGAAUCAUUGAGACCUUGAUCCAACCGCACGACAAUCUGGCAUUCGUGGAGUACGCCCAAGGCCCCAAUGACCCUCCUCCAGCACCAGCCGAACUUGGCCGCAGUGUGGCCACACAGGUAAUUCAGGACGAGUCUCGCAUCUACGACGGUGAGCCCAGCGUCGGCAGCGGAGUACAAUGGGCGUGUCGCAAAGCGGGCGAAGGACCAGUCGUCGUAACAGGAAGUCUCUACAUGAUCCGGGACUUCUACAAAAUGGAAGGCGUAGAACCAAGUAGAAAGGUCAAGACGAGGCGGCCAGGUCGGUCGCAGCUCUGGCGUUACAUCCAGUUGUCUAAAGAAAGACCACUGACAUCUGACGAGGCUAGGGAGUUCAAGCAAGCCAGAAGACAUUGGUAUCUCUCCCCCAUGAACAGCUCCGUCUUUCGAGAUGUUCGCAACGGCGGCGAUCCCGUGUCUCCCCCAAUUCCAGAGAGCAUUCGAAAACAACAGCAAGCUGCCGCGCAUCAUAAAAUCCAAGCCGACGGAUACGGUGGUGCGAUUCGCAGCGCGAGGAAGGAUAUGGAAGGGAAGGCACCUGGCAGCGAGGAGCUUCCCAACAUGUUGGACAAUCUUGAAAAGCGCCACCGCGAGCAUCUGCGUGCGUACAACAGCGCCAUGUUCAAAGUGCGAGGACACGUCGUUGACCCGGAGAAAAGGUACCUGAGCCACGAGGAUAUUUUCAGACGGCCUGACAGGCGGAGAAGCAGGGUCGCCGCAAUCCUAGCCGGGGAGACUACAGCACCUGUCGAGAAACCUCAGUUAUCGAAGCGGCAGGUGUUUAAGGGGUGGACGAGGAAAGGCAGUCGAUCUCGGCGGCAGUCAGAGGAGGGUGGCGUGCAACGCAGUCUCUCACUGGGGCAGUGCGAGGAAGAAGCACGAGAAAUAGGAGAGAAUCAGGACUUUGCACAUACGACGGACAGAAGCAAAACGCAGUAG